UUGACCUUUGCGCUUUUGUUUUGUCUUUUCUUACCAUCAUUUGCCUUCCACUUUUCGCCUCCACCCCGCCAUGACAUCACCCGCCGUUACCUGCUCGUCGACGUCGUUUCCACUUCAUAAGCCUUCAUCUCCUCCGUGAACUAACCCUAUAUACCAAUUCCAUUCAAGAAUCUGUCUCCCAAAAAAUCCAAUCUUUAAUUAGGGUUUUGUUGAUUUCGAUUUUUUUUUUUUAACCCUAAUGGCUUCUGAAAAAUUGGGCAUGGUACCAUCCCAACAAAUGCACAAUGGGCUUAUCUCGCACCCGCACCCUCACACUCACCCUCAUCCGCAGCUUGUUUAUCCAGAAUUCGCCUGUAGCUCACAAACGCCCCACCGCCGUUCCGCCGCUGCCGGUGACCCUGGCCCGAAAUCUUCCACCCAAGAGCUCACUGCCAGCUUCCUCGACCACCGCCACUUCUACCAGCACCAUCACCGUCACCAGCCGCCUCCAGCACAGCCUCAGACGCAUACCACUGAGUUUCGUCACCAGUGGACCAACAGCCGCAGCUCCGCUACUCCCAGUGGUGGUGAAGCAUCAGAAGACGAUGACGUGGAGGAUGACGAUGAUGAUGACGAUGAUGAUAAUGAUGAUGAGGACAACAGCCAGAAUAUUGCCACUGUGGCCAAAAUCAACCAUACUGAUGCUAAUGAAAAAUUUAGCAAUAGUAAUAAUAAUCAGAAAUUGAAACAGCUUUCUGCAUUAGUGAUCAAAGAAGGUAACUCGGUCCAAAUUCGAAAUGGGGGCAGUAAUGAUAAUAACAAUAGUAGUGAAGCAAGGAAUAUAGGAGAAGAAGUCUAUUACGCACAUUACUUGCACGGGGCUGAGGGGCUGAGCUUGUCAUCUGGGCAAAAGGAUAUCAUGACGGUGGAGAAUGGGUGUGGGAAUAGCAAGAGAAAGGAGAGUUGUUAUUCAAGUGAAUCCCAGGAGUCAUUGAGGACCAUCCUCUCUGAUCCUCUCACAGGAGCACUUAUGGAUGAUGCAAUGAUAUUGCGUUGUGGACAUUCCUUUGGUAGUGGUGGAGUGCAACAAAUAAUUAGAAUGAAAGCCUGCUAUACGUGUUCACAGUCUGUAUCAGAGGACUCGAUUGCUCCAAAUCUGUCUCUACGCCUUGCUGUCCAGGCAUUCCGGCGAGAACAACAGAUGCAAGUUAACCGAACAUCAAAGAAAAGGAGGGAAAGAUACGAUCAGGACAAGGGAACUUGUGGCGAUUCAGUGCUUACAGAACACCCAAGGGGAAGAGGAGUUCAGUUUCCAUUUGCCGUUACAGAUAGAGUUAUUAUAAAGGGUAACAAGAGAACACCUCAGCGUUUCGUUGGACGUGAGGCUAUUGUCACCACACAGUGCUUGAAUGGAUGGUACGUGGUAAAGACAUUGGACAAUGCAGAGAGCGUGAAGUUGCAGUACCGCUCACUAGCCAAGGUGGCAGACGAUCCAUCUUCCAAUCCGUUGCCCAUUAAGAUGACCCCUAACUGGUUAUAGAUUAAUAUUUAGAUAGCAAUCAUAUGAUAGUGCUGCAAAUUAGACUCAUUUUGUAUACAUAAUUUAACCAACUCCAGCAUAAACAGGUUUUCGGCGUUUCCUGUUCUACUUCCUUACACGUGAAAGCAGGUUUGAGUUGUAUAUUGUAGAAACCUUGUCGAUCAUCCUCUCAUAGUGAAGCGAGGGAUGUAUGAGUUAUAUAAUCAUUUCUUGUAAAAUAGCACACUUUUGCCUUCUACCUUC